AUGGCGAGCGCCAGCGCCACGACACCGUCCUCCUGUCGUGGCUCAGUCGGGACGGUGGCAGGCCCCCCAAGACGAAGCCAUCUUCUGGAGUCGUGGGGCCAUAAACUGGCAGCUCCUCCUCCCCUAUCUCAGGGCCCUACCCUUCCUCGAGCUGCUGCUGCUGCUACGGCUGCUGCGAUUGCUGUUCAUGCAGACCAUGGGGUUGUUGUUGCUCGAGCAGCUCCUCUAACUAUUGCUGCCACUACCACUGUUGUAGUUCAAGCUCCUGCAGCUCUUGCUGCCAGUGCGGCUCCAGCUGUUCCUCGAGCUGCUGCUAUUGCCCUUGUUGCUCCUACAGCUCCCGCUGCCGCUGCUGCUCCUACACCUCUUGUCGCUGCUGCUGCUCCAGUAGACGACUCUACUCCUCCUCUUCCUCUUCUUUCUUCUGCUUCUCUUCCUUCCUCCUCCUUUGCUCUUCUUCGGUCUUCUUCUUCUCUUCCUCGAUGGAAUGGAGCCCAAUGGGCCAUGGCGUCUGCCCCUCGACUCGAGGUACCUUAG